CCAACGUGAUCGAUGCGGCCGGCCGCGCUUUCGCUCUUAGAGCGCCGUUUACGGCAUGCGAAUUCCGAAUUUGAAGAAACUUCCUACGUUUCAACUCUGGACGGCGAUUAUUACGAUUGGAUUGAUUGCAUUAGGACAAGACGCUCCUUUUUUGACUGUGGUGACUUGCUGUCAAAUGAAACGAUAGAUGAAUUUGCUUCAAAUCAGAGCUUAUUUCACAUUUCUAAUGAUACGUCAUUUUAUUAUACUUCAACCCCCAGAAAACCGUCUCAGGAUGAAGAAGAACUGAGAGAACUUUAUAGAGUGGUUGUGCCUGUAAUGUUAACAGCCUGUAUUCUUUCACUUGUUUUUAAUCUGAUUAUAGUUUACAGUGUUAGAUGGUUACGAAAAUCACUGUCUCCUACUCUGUAUCUAAGUCUUUCUCUUGCAGUAGCAGAUGCAUAUGCUUCUUUGGUUUUAGGAGUGGGGUUAGUAGUAAAUAGUCUACUACCUACUGUAUAUGGUGUGGAUCUGGGACCUUUUAAUGCUUGCUAUUUGCUUGUUUUAGAAGCGUUCAGAUUAGGAGGAAUUGUUGUUGCAGUUUUACAUCUUCUUGCACUUGCUAUCAAUCAUUAUGUAGGAAUACUAAGACCUCUACAUUACGCCUCAACAGUUACUCGCAGAACUGUAAUGUGGGCAAUGGCUGCUAUGUGGAUAUUACCAGUUGUGGUUUUCUUGGCUUAUUUUUCGUUAGUUCCCAAUGAUGGUUUUAGAUCUUUUCAGUGCUCCAGCUACGAUUUUCUCCUCCGAAUACCUUUCCGAGUGACAGUUUCUGUGCUUUUCUUUGUACCUCUGAUCUUAAUGUCCAUCAUGUACGUGCAUAUGUUUAUUGUGGUCAAACGACACCAGCGUGGUGUGCUUCAGUUGCCCUCUAGUCGACAGCUUCAUAAGAGUGUUAAAGCUAUUAUUACAACUUUGCUUAUUCUUGGAACUUACGUCCUAGGAUGGAUGCCCGCUGUUCUUUACUUCAUUCUCACCUGCCUGGACUGUCCAGUACCCUUCACAGAAAUUCAUUUAUGGGUGCGUGUUCCGGUCGGCAUAAUUACCAAUUCAAUGAUUGUGAUAAAGUCAUUUGUGGACCCCAUAAUAUACGUUGUGCGCAUGCCAGAAAUUAAAGGAGCUAUGAGAUCCAUUUUCAGGACAAGAUGUGGUUUUAUUGUGGAUGAAACGGGAGAUCACCCAAAGUCUAAGUCUGAAAUGAAUCGUCUUACAAUUCUAGGGGCUUCUAGAAGAACAACAGUGGAUAUGAAAUCUAAUAGUUGCAAUGGCGGGGAUGUACAGAUGAUGGCUUGAACCCCAUUACCCUGUUGAAGUUUACAA